GCUUCCAGCAAAGUCAGCUAUGGCUCUUCGAGCCCUAGUCACCAGAAGAACCCUAAGGACAUCUCCCAUAGGCUUCCGUGGACUCCAGACCUUCUCCCUGCCCGAUUUGACCUACGAUUAUGGCUCCCUCGAGCCCGCCAUUAGCGGUGAAAUCAUGCAGCUCCAUCACCAGAAGCAUCACCAGACUUACAUAACUAAUUACAAUAAGGCCCUCGAGCAGCUCGAUGGCGCCAUUGCCAAGGGCGACUCCUCCACAGUUGUCAAGCUGCAGAGCGCCAUCAAAUUUAAUGGCGGAGGACAUGUUAAUCACUCAAUUUUCUGGAAGAAUCUUGCGCCUAUUCGUGAAGGUGGUGGUGAGCCUCCCAAGGGUUCUUUAGGUUGGGCUAUUGACAAUCACUUUGGCUCCUUGGAUGCACUAAUCCAGAAGAUGAAUGCAGAAGGUGCUGCCUUACAGGGUUCUGGAUGGGUGUGGCUUGGUGUGGAUAAAGAAUUGAAGCAUCUGGUGGUUGAGACCACUGCAAAUCAGGAUCCACUGGUUACUAAAGGACCAGGUUUGGUCCCAUUGCUUGGUAUUGAUGUCUGGGAGCAUGCAUACUACUUGCAGUACAAAAACGUGAGACCAGACUACCUUAAGAACAUAUGGAAGGUCAUGAACUGGAAAUAUGCUAGUGAUGUUUACGAUAAAGAGUGCCCUUGAGUGGACAAAUUGAUUACAUAGGCACAAUCGCUUUACUUGCCAUGUUAGCUCAUCCCUGCAUAGUCAUGAAACCAUUUUUCUUAGUUUACGCUUUACUACUUGUCGUCCCCACUUAUG